AUAUUUAGGAACGGAGGAAGUAGAUCAUUAAACGGGGUAAAAACUGGCAAACUAUUCCCUAAAUGGGGUGAGAACCAGCAAAACUUCGCGAAAUAGAAUAGUCUGAGUUAAAAACUGUUAAUGAGAUAAUUUGGGCACAAAUUGUUAAAGCAAAGGAAAUUAAAGGUGAAGCUGCUAUAUGCAAACACGGCCCGAGUUGUAGUGAGUGGGUGGCGGCCACUUGCUAUUAAAUUUUCCCCGUUCUCAAAAGCUACCUUUGCUCGUCCACCGUGCGUGUUGCUCUGCUCAAUGGCGGCCCAUCGUCUCGCCCUGUCUGUGCUCGUCCUUGCCGUCUUACUGCUCGCGCCCGGCGGCCACGUCGCAGGAGAGCCGUGGCCACUGUGCGGCGACGGCGGCGAAUUCGACGACAAGAGCCGGUACCAGGCCAACCUCAACCUCGUCGCCGCCGCGCUCCCCAAGAACGCCUCGGCGUCGCCCAACCUCUUCGCCACCGCCGAGGCCGGCGCCGUCCCGGAGAAGGUCACGGCCCUCGCGCUCUGCCGCGGUGACGCCAGCUCCAGGGCCUGCUCCAGCUGCCUCGUCAACGCCUUCGCCAACCUCCAGAACGUCUGCCCCGGCUCCAAGGACGCCGUCAUCUACUACGACGCCUGCAUGCUCCGCUACUCCGACGUCCAGUUCCUCUCCGCCGACGACUCCGGCCCCAUGGGCCUGGACCUCAGCAUCACGGUCCGCAACUCGGGGAACGCCACGUCGGAGCCGGGAUGGUACCAGCGCACCGUGGCCACGCUCCUGAACGCCACCGCCGACUACGCCGCGUACAACUCCACGCGGCGGUACGCCACCGGCCAAGCCGACCUGGACCGGGAGUUCCCCAAGGUGUACAGCUGGGCGCAGUGCACCCCGGACCUGACGCCGGGCCGGUGCCGGGACUGCCUCUCCCAGAUCUUAGCUCAGCUGCCGUUGCAGUUCACGGACAGUAUCGGCGGCAGGCUUCUUGCUCCCCGAUGCAGCUUCCGCUACGAGACCAAGCCCUUCAUGAAUGGCCCGGUGAUCGUGAAGCUGCCGGCGCGAUCUGGAGCGCCGGCGCCGGCCGUAGUGCCCAUGGCUCCUGCAUCGGCGACAUCAGAGGGGAGAAAGUACAGUGCUCCUGGCAUGGUACUUAUAAUUCUGUUGCCCACGAUAGCAGCCAUAAACCUCGUCGCUUGGCUCUUUACAUUGAGGAGGAGGCGGCGCCAGGCAUUCACAAAGGCAAAGCAACCAGAUCAAAAUUAUUCCAUCGAUGAAGCGCAAGACAUCGAAAGUGUAGAGUCAAUGUUAAUUGACAUUUCAACUUUGCGAGCGGCAACCAAGGAUUUUGCGGAGAACAACAAACUUGGUGAAGGCGGAUUUGGCCCCGUGUUCAAGGGUACUCUCUUGAACGGCGAUGAGAUCGCUGUGAAGAGACUCUCCAAGAGCUCAACGCAAGGGGUGGAGGAGCUCAAGAAUGAGCUCGCCUUGGUUGCAAAGCUGAAGCACAAGAACCUUGUAAGACUGGUCGGCGUCUGCUUGGAGCAACAAGAGAGGCUGCUCAUCUAUGAGUUUGUUCCUAACCGAAGCCUCGAUCUGAUCCUUUUCGAUGAAGAGAAACGUCAGCAACUGGAUUGGGAAACAAGGUGCAAGAUCAUAAACGGAGUCGCUCGAGGCUUGCAGUACCUCCAUGAAGACUCUCAGCUCAAAGUAGUCCAUCGUGACCUCAAAGCGAGCAAUGUCUUGCUAGACAUGAACAUGAACCCCAAGAUUUCAGAUUUUGGCCUCGCCAAAAUUUUCGGGAGAGACCAGACACAGGGCGUGACGAACCGCAUCGUCGGCACACAUGGAUACAUGGCGCCCGAGUACGUGAUGCGCGGGAACUACUCUGCGAAAUCAGACACGUUCAGCUUCGGCGUGUUGGUCCUUGAGAUCGUGACGGGAAGGAAGAACACUGACAGCUACAACUCCCAACAAUCUCAGGAUCUCCUGACGACCGUAUGGGAGCAUUGGACGGCCGGAACACUACUGGAGAUGCUAGACCCGUGCAUGAGCAAGAGCUUCUCAGAGUCGGAGAGCGAUGCGCUGAGGUGCAUCCAUGUCGGGCUUCUGUGCAUCCAGGGCAACCCAACAGACCGGCCGAUGAUGUCCACGGUGGCCAUGAUGCUCGGCAGCGACACAUUCUCUCUCCCGGCUCCGUCCAAGCCGGCGUUCUACUCUAGAAACGCCGGCGCCAAUUCAAGCACCGGGUCAAGCGUCUCGAUCCCGUCAGUGCAGGCCCGAUCAUAGAUCUUACUUAAUAGCAACAACUUCACUUGCCAACCGUAAAGAGAGGGUGUGCACGGACACGGAUUUUUAGGACAUGGUGACGCGCGAGGAUGAAAUCUGGACGGUCUAUCUAUGCUAUAAGAUUAGCUAUUAAUAUAGUGAUUGAAUGAUACCCAAACAAUAAGCCAGGUUAAUUCAGUAAAUACGUGUACGUGGGUUGGUGCUAGCCAUCUUAAGGCCCAGUUCUUUUGA